UUUCCUCCCAUUAACGGGUUCAUCGCGCCGCGUCCUAGCUCAAGUGUGGAGUAUUGUCAUAAAUCACAGAGAGAUUACGAAUAGAUCGAUAGAGGAUACCCGGAUCUCAAGAGGAAGAAGGAGAGAGAGAAACCCCGGGAUAGACACAGGAGAUAUAAAAGAUCAUGCGGACCUAAAACUGCGAUGGACAGAUUCCUGGUUAGAGAGAUUUACCAGUAUUGAACUAAACAAUGAUGUGAUUUAAUAAAUGAACAACGAAAGUGGCCCGCCAUGAAAUCUCAAAUUACCGGAAGUUGUUAUCACGUGAUCAUCAGCGUCUUCAUUGUACCUGUCCUCUCAGAGUUAUCUCCCAUCAAACACAUACUUCACGAUUAUCGGCCUUUACAAUAUGAUCAGCUUCAUCUCAAAAACCAACACGAACGCAUGCGGAGAUCAUCGAUCCACAUCAUGGAAUUUGAAUUCAGUUCUUACAACAGAAACUUUAAGGUUCGUUUAAAACGUGACACUGAUGUUUUCCACUCUGACGUCACAAUAGAGGGUGGUAACGGUCCAGUGAACAUCGAUACGUCAUUUUUAUAUACCGGUGUUCUCAAAGAUGAGCACUCUAAAGUAUACGGCCUAGUCAAUCCGGAUGGUCAUUUUCAAGGACAAAUACACACAGCAGAUAUGACUUACUUUGUUGAACCUUCGACAUUAUACUUCAAAAGUCCACAACCAUUCCAUUCCAUCAUCUACACACUUGCAGACGUCAAUUAUAAUAUGACGUCAUCAUUUUGCCAUGCGGAUAGCGCGAGACAAGGGAUCAUGGAAAGUAUACCUGUCCUUUCAAAGACUGACCAAUGGAAAAACAGAUAUACAUUUGAUGCAGAAACACAGGAACGUCGAAAAAGAGCAGUUGAUCCAGCAAAGACUAUUUGUUCUUUAUAUAUGCAGGCGGAUCAUACUUUUUACCAGAAAUUCAGUAGCAACAUAGACACAGUAGUAGCCCAGCUCGGUGUAUACGUGCAGGCGAUUAACAAUAUAUUUAAACCUAUAGAUUUUGAUGAAAAUAGUAACGCUGACAACAUUGGAUUUCAAGUAAAGAGGAUGAAAGUGCACACGGACCCAAACGCCCCUGGGUACAAAUUGAAUGGCGCCUUCAGCGUUGAGAAGUUUCUUGACCUCCAUUCCACCGCUGAUUACGAUGAUUUUUGUUUGUCCUACAUGUUCGCGGACCGUGACUUUGACGGCGGUGUCCUCGGUCUCGCUUGGGUGGCGUCCUUGACGAAGGCUGGCGGCGUCUGUGAGAUAUACAGGAGUUAUAGUGGAGAAUCCAAGAGUCUAAAUACCGGAAUCGUGACGGUCAAGAAUUACGGAGCCGAGGUAGCUUCAGUUGUUACCCAGGUGACUUUUGCUCACGAAGUCGGACACAAUUUUGGAUCAGACCAUGACACUGACGGAUCAACAUGUGCCCCAGGUGGAUCAGACGGAAACUACAUAAUGUAUGCACGCGCAACUUCCGGCUAUUUACCGAACAACAACAAGUUCUCAAGCUGUAGUAUCAAGCAGAUGGCGCCAAUCAUUGAAGAGAAAGGUCGAAGUUCAAGCACUGGCUGUUUUAUAGCUCCGACUGGUCACGUGUGUGGGAAUAAAAUAGUGGAGAGCCCGGAUGAGGAAUGUGACUGUGGCUGGGAGGAUGAUUGUAGGGAGACGUGCUGUAUUCCUGCUGGAUCCGCCACUAAUCCCUGUAAAUACAAUAAUACAGGGGGACUGGCGAAUUUUUGUAGCCCGAGUGAAGGCCCCUGCUGUGGAUCAGACUGUCAGAAGAUGACUUCCGGUGUUUGCCGGGGGAACACUUCCUGUCUAGCUGCCGCCACUUGCGAUGGUUCAGGGGUCACGUGCCCUCCAUCUUCACCGGAACCAAACGGGACCGCAUGCGCGGACGGGCAAGUUUGCUUCUUGGGGGAGUGUUCUGCCUCUGUCUGCCUGGCUAAGGGCCUGGAGUCCUGUCAGUGCCCCGGGACCGGCUGGAAGGACGCCAACCUCUGUCGCCUCUGUUGUCUUGUCAACGACACGUGCCAGUUUGAAGCUGGUAACGCUUUUACCGGUGCCCCGUGUAAUGAUUUCAAGGGUUACUGUGACGUCUUUCACGUGUGUCGGGAGGUUGAUCCAACAGGGCCUUUGAGUAACAUCCGGAAGUUGCUAUUGUCCGGUGACGUCAUAAACACGGUGAAGACAUUCCUGACGGAGAAAUGGUGGGUGGCGGUGCUCGGGGCCCUCGGUCUCUUUAUUGUCAUGGGUCUGUUCAUCAAAUUUUGCUCCAAGAGCCAUGGGCCUAGAAAAGAGAAGAGCGGUGGAAAGAGAGAUAAUCGCGUCAGACCUUUUCCGCCAGAGAGUCAUAUGUAAAUAAUGUAAUUCUCUAUAGAGCCUACAAGACCUGACAGUUAUCUCCUGUACUAAGCUUACAAAAGUAUUGACGAUAUCUGUACAUUUUUAUUGUCACAUCAUAAUAUUUUUUUUUUACAUCAAUAGCAUCGAGACACUUUAUGACAUUUUUACAUAUUGUAUUUUAACCAUCUUUGUAUGAUUAAACCUCCAUCGAUAGAAAGCAGAGAAGAAAAACACCUUUUAAAUAUUUUCUGUGCUGUGUUGAUCUUAAGUUAGUUUUUGAUUUUUUGAGUGCAUUAUUUUGUCUAUUUCUUAUAUGUUUACAUGCUAUUAAUAUCAGCUGUAUUUAUUUUGUUUUCUCAAGUGAAAACUGCAUUCCGUCCAACCGAAAAAUCAAAAGUUUUAAUUUUGUAAAUAUUAAUUGUUUUGCACUGUUGAUGUUUGUAAUGAUUUGUAUUGUUUCUUACUGUGAUAAUAAAAUUGACUUUGAUA